UCAUUUGUAGACACUACAAGGAAUUGUUCUGAGGCCAUAAACCCCCUUGACUUAAAUGUAUCAAGGCUAAAAAUGGAAUUGUGCAAAAUAUAUGCUAACACAGAAAACACACCUCUGACAGAAUGGGUGUGAUGAGUGGCAUGCAAAUAUCUUUUUUCUGAUAAACACUCCAGGUUUGAUAAGAACGUGAUGGAGAGUAAGACAGCAGGACACUUCCCUUUGGAGCGCCAAGCAGACAAAAGACAAAGGACAUAAUUCCUCUUGUAAGUGCAACACCCAUGGCAAUAAAAUGGAGCAGGAAUCAAUUCUAGAGGAGCUUCUUUUAAAGAAGUCGCAACAGAAGAAAAAAAUUUCACCAAUUAAUUACAAAGAACGACUGUUUGUUCUCACAAAAACAAACCUCUCUUACUAUGAAUAUGACAAAGAGAAAAAAGGAAGCAAAAAAGGAUCAAUUGACAUUAAGAAAAUUCGAUGUGUUGAGGCAGUGAAUCAUGAGGAACAGGCACCUUUGGAGAGACAAUAUCCAUUUCAGAUUGUAUACAAGGAUGGCCUUCUCUAUGUCUUUGCAGCAAAUAAAGAGAGCCGAAAUCAGUGGUUGAAAGCUUUACAUAAAGAGAUUAAAGACAAUCCUGAUUUACUAAACAAGUAUCACAAAGAAUUCUUUACCAAUGGGAAGUUUCUCUGCUGCAACCAGACAUGUAAAGCAGCCCCUGGAUGUACCCUCUGGGAGAAAUUUAUAGAUAUGAGUCUACCUAGCACCACCAGCUCUCUGAAACCGCUGCCUCCUGUCCCUGGGAAACUGCUGAAGCAUGACAGUCUACCUCCAGUUCCAGCACCAGGUAAAUCCUCGCUGAAGAUCACUGUGGCCGAGUAUGACUAUGAACCCAAAGGAAACACUGAUAUCCAGCUUGUCCGGAACAGCAAGUAUUAUGUUCUGAAAGACGAGGAUCCUGACUGGUGGCAAAUAAGGGACAUGGAAGGGAAUGAAGGCUUCGCACCAAGUUCCUAUCUGAAAGAGAUCUCCCUGGAUGAUGAUGAACCUGGGGGAAACUCCAGCGGAAGUGACCAUUCAUCAGAAGAAGAGGAGAGCAUCACUAAGCAUGAUUGGUACGCUGGUGAUAUCUCCAGAGCCCAGUCAGAGCAACUGCUGCGACAGAAGGGGAAAGAAGGUGCUUUUAUGGUUCGAAAUUCAAGCCGAGUGGGCAAGUACACUGUGUCUGUAUUCAGCAAGGCUCUUGAAGAUAAAAAAGGAACGGUCAAACAUUACCACGUGCACACAAACUAUGAAAACAAAUAUUAUCUGGCUGAAAAUUACUGUUUUGAUUCAGUUCCCCAGCUUAUUCACUAUCAUCAGCAUAACUCAGCAGGUAUGAUUACAAGGCUUCGGCAUGCUGUGACUACGAAAGCAAAUAAGGUCCCAUCAACAGCAUCCUUAGGAAAUGGGAUCUGGGAGCUGAAACGAGAGGAAAUCGUCCUGCUCAAGGAAUUAGGAAGUGGCCAGUUUGGAGUGGUACAGCUGGGAAAAUGGAAGGGAAAGUAUGAUGUUGCCAUUAAGAUGAUUAAAGAAGGAUCAAUGUCAGAAGAUGAAUUCAUAGAGGAAGCUCACACCAUGAUGAAACUUACUCAUCCCAAACUUGUUAAGCUCUAUGGAGUUUGCACAAAGACAUAUCCCAUCUAUAUAGUGGCAGAAUAUAUGGCUAAUGGCUGCUUGCUUAACUACUUGAGGAAUCACGGGAAGGAACUGCAACCCUUUCAGCUGCUGGAAAUAUGUUAUGACAUUUGUGAAGCGAUGACUUUCUUAGAGAGCCAGCAGUUCAUUCAUCGAGACUUGGCUGCUAGGAACUGCUUGGUUGAUAGUGAUCUUACUGUGAAGGUGUCUGACUUCGGGAUGGCUAGGUAUGUUCUGGAUGACCUGUAUAUAAGUUCAUUAGGAACUAAGUUUCCAGUGAAGUGGUCGGCACCAGAAGUUUUUCAUUAUACCAAGUUUAGCAGCAAGUCGGAUGUAUGGGCCUUUGGGAUCUUAAUGUGGGAGGUGUUCACUUUGGGAAAGCAACCCUAUGAACUGUAUGAUAACGUACAAGUGAUUGAGAAGGUUUCUGAGGGAUAUCGGCUUUACCGACCACAACUGGCCUCAGAGACCAUCUACCAGUUAAUGUACAGCUGCUGGCAUGAGCUGCCAGAAAAGCGCCCCACAUUUCAUCAACUCCUAUCAAAUAUUGAGCCACUCAGAGAAGAUGACAAGUCUUGAAGACAAGUCCUCAUCAUGUGGCUUUGACUAUUGGUUGACAUAUCACCAGUCUACUUUGUGGGAGCUAAUACUCUAGUGUGAUUUCUGAAAUCUGGCUGACUCCAGAUUUGGCUGACUCCAGCAGUAUUACACUGGUUUUUCAUUUUCUUUUAAUUUGCAGUGCUUUGACAACACAGAGUAAAGAAGAAAACUCUUGUGAUGUUGUGGUGACUUGGUAUUGUCUGAAAGAAGAGUGUAGACGUAUAUUACUGAUGCUGUUAGUAUGACCCCCCCAUAGUACUUCACAAGCAGAGAAAUGUCCAGUAAUAAUGUAAACUCUUUCAAGGUUUGUUGUGGUGGGGUUUUUUUUUCAGAUCACAACAGGAUUUUAUUAAUCUUUAUUUGGAAAAUGUAAAUGGCAAUAUAAGCUUAAUAGAUUUUCUCAUUAUCAUAUCAGAUCCCAGGGUAUUUUCUGACAGGUUUCAGAGUAGCAGCCGUGUUAGUCUGUAUCCGCAAAAAGAAGAACAGGAGUUCUUCUUUUGUUAGUCUCUAAGGUGCCACAAGUACUCCUGUUCUUCUUUUUGAGGGUAUUUUCUGUUCUAUAAACCUGAGGUUGGUAUUAUGGGUCAAAUUCAUACCUGGUGCAAGUGGCUGCAACUCCAGUGGCAUUAGUGUUAACUUCAGUGACGUGGAUGCUAUUGCCAGUAAACAGCAUAUCAGUUUGGUCACUAGGGCCUGAUCCAGUUUCCCUGAGGCCAAUGGGAGUCUUUCCAUUGACUAGUGCAUAUUGGAUUGGGCCCUAAUGACAUGGGUUUAAUUGAUUGUUCAUUCUAAACUAGAUCUCUGUGACAUUUGAAAUACAAUUAUGAGGCUACUGUUGGCAGCGAUAUGUUCUUAUUCCCUAUUUAAUCCCUGAUAAUGCAAAACUAUCCUUGUCUAGAAUUCCAUGAGACUUAAACAGACUGGUCUAUUGAAACAUCAGUAUGGGAGCUGCAAGACCAGAUACCUGAAGAAGACAUCACCAUCUGAAAUGUUAUUAAUAUAAUGGCAUGACCAAAAAUUUCACACUUGAGUGCUUGAAAUUUGACUCCUAAAUCCAUAUUUGGACACUUAACUAGAAGGGCCCUAAUUUUCAAAGGUGCUCAUCAACUGUAGCUCCCACUGACUUCAAUGGCAGCUGGCACUGCUUAGCACCUCUGAACAUUUAGCUACUUCUAUGCAAGUGCUUAAAUAUAGAUUUAGGAGCCUAACCUUAGGCACCCAGAUUUGCAAAUUUUGGCUUAUUUUCUUCUAAGUACAUGUUGAAAAAUUGUGAAUAGCGUUUGAUUCAUAGUAAUGGUAACAGUAAUUGUUUUGGCUCUACAAGGGAAGAGUAUAUUGAACUUUAUGUAUUCGACUGCUCCAGUGUUUGUCUUGCCAAGUUUCUGUUAUUUUUAAAGGAGUAGAAAGAACAUGCAUAGCAGAACUGUUUAUUUUUAAAAGUCAGGCUGAAAUACUAAUGCAGAGGAUGCUUUGGCACCUGGAGUACAGUGGUAAACAGGCACAUUAGAGGAAAUUAUGUUCACUUACAAAAAUUCCUGUCUGACGUAUUAGGAACUGGCCAGUAAUGUCUGCAUAGCAUUUCUAACAGGUUUUUCCCCCUUUUCUCCAUAAUGUCCAAUACAGAAUGGGAAGUGUAAGGGAAAUGUUGCUUAAGAUGGAUGAAAAUAGUUGAUUUUAACUGAUCUUUCAUUAUAGGCCUUUCCCUUGUUUUCAGUUAUAUUUUAGAUUGCUUUAUAAAAUUGCUUGAUUAGUUUUGAAGCCUAGUACAUCUAAGACACAUUCGUGAAUGUUUUCCAUAUGUCCUUGGCCUACGUUUGAUGUUGGUCUUUCUCUCGUUAGCAUCAAGUUUUAUGGAUAUAAACAUAGUAGCCGCUUCUCUCUGAACUUGAUCAUGUGUGAGGCAGCAUUGUUUGUUUGAGUCUGACAAACCAAAGUGGAGUGUUGCAAAGUUGAUUUGGCUAAUGUCUGUAUCAGAAUCCGGUGACUUUCUAUCAUUAUGUUGUAAAUUCACAGCUAAAUGCAAACAUCACACAUCUCAAUGCACAAGGUUACCAGAAUUUUGUGGUGAGCGACUGUUCCUGAACCCAUAUGUAAUGAGACUUCCUACAUCUAGAUGAGACAUUUGGGACUUUAAAUCUAAAGUGAAUACAUUUGUCUUAACUGCAAUUUAUGAAUAGAUUCUGAGACUGUGUUAUUUUUAGCCCACAUCUCUUAUUUAGCAUUGUCGACUGGAUUAUUACAUGGCAUUCUGUGGCAUUAUAGCAUGAAGGGAACACUGCAAGCUUAGUUGUUUUCCUGUUUACAUAAAAUGUGUUUGUUGGUCCAAGUGAAAAAUAAAACAACUUACACAGGAGGUGGGAAGAUGCAAAACACACACACAGUUGUCAAAAGGAGAAUUCAGACCCUAGCAAAAGUAGAUGACAGAGUCCACUAUUAAAUAUUGUGAAAGAUGCACAAAUUAUAUGAAAUUAAUGACUAGUGUGUGUAUGCGAGCGUCAGCUGCAUUAAUGACAUCUAACCUGAGGCAGCGUUUUA